UUAGAGUCAACGUGGUGAGGUUUGGAACCGCCACCCGGUUGUGCACUUAUCACCAUGGUUGAGACCCGUAGUGGGUUAGAUACUAGCCCCUAUAGCAAGGAGCAGCAAGAGAAGAUGGCCGCCUUAGUUAAGGAGAAUAGGAAGAGAAAAGAGCACGAGAAGCAAGCGAAGCUAAAGGCUAUCGCAGACGAACAGGCGGCGAAGAUGAAAGAAUUGGAGGAGGAGAUGGAGAAAAGGAAGAAGGUUGCUGAAGAAGAAGCGGCAGCAGAAGAACAAAAAGAAAGAAUGCGUAUUGAGAGUAGAGAGGGGAGUAGUGGCACGAAGAGAGAUAUAGACGCAGAGAUGGAGAGAAAAAUAAGUGAGUGGGUUGCUAACUUAUCGUUGGGAGAAGAGGAGGAGGCGGAGUCUUAUGUGUCAGAGGAUGAGAGGGCUGCGCUAGCCAGUGAGCUAGCAGCAAUGACAAACCCUAUGGAACAGCAAGAAAGGGAGGAGGAGCAGAAGUUAGCAUGGAAGCUGAGGAUGAAGAGGGAAAAGAAGAGGAGGAGAGAGGAAGUAAACAAAAUGACCGCAGAGGUAGCAACGGUGCAGGAGUGCAGGCAGGAAGUGUUGGCCCAACCUGAUGAUAAGGCCAAGUGGGACAAGGUGUUGGGUUACCUGGAAGUCUUGAGCAAGGCCCGGAUGGAGGAGCGCCAGGCUAGUUGGAGCCAAGAUGUAGCGUUGAGUGCCAUGUGGUCAGGGUUUAGGGAGUUUGCGCGCGAGAUCGUCACCCACAUUGGGGGCGAAGUAAAGCAGUUGAGGGACAAUGAAGGGAAGUUUUGUGAGGGCGCCAUUGAGGGUGCCAAAGCUAUAGCCGCUGUAGAGGGAGAGGCCAAACCCCGUAAGGACCCAGUGAAACUUAAGUUCCCAGAUGCGUACGGGGGAAAAAAGGAUGAAAACAUUGACAACUGGGAAGCCAGUGUCAAUAGUUAUAUUUAUUUACAGCACAUCCUGAUUGACGAGCAAGUCCUCGUGGCCUUCGAGGCCCUCAAGGAUGAAGCGGCUAGUUUCGCCAGGUCUCUUGCGCGCGCAGCCGGUUGUGAAAACAACCUGGUUGCAUAUUCAAAAGUCACCCCUCCUUCCCAAUUCCUCAAGCUCCUGAAGGAGCGAUUUGCUGACCCAACGAGAGGCAUUAGAGCCUCUGACAAGCUGCAAACAAUCCACUCGCGACAGUGGAGGAGUGCCAGGGCACUCAAGGGUACCAUGGACGACUUGGUAGACGUCCCGGACCAUGGGGUCACUGAGACCCAAUUGGUCCAGUUAUUUUAUCGUGCCAUGCGAGAGGCCCUGUGUGGGCACUUCUUUGACAAGACUGAACAGGCCGGCAUCACCUAUGAUGCGCUGAGUAGAGAAGUCGUCCUGUAUGAGUCGAAGUCCACGCCAGUUACCACUUUCUGGCAUAAGGACUUGGGCAAGGGGAAGAAGCGGAAAGGCCGUACCAUCUCAGGCCAAGUAAGGGCCAAGGAUCACAUGAUCCUGACGCUAGAGGAAGGUGGUAUUGAUGAGGUCCCGUAUAGUCAGAUUGAGUGGGGCCUAGAGGAGGAGGACAGUAGUGUGGGACAGGGGAGGUCUUAUGCUGCUGUUGCGGUUGGAGGGAGGCCGCAAGGUCGAGGAGGAGGCCAGGGCCAAAGGGGCCAGGCCAUGGGAGGCCGUGGACCGGGCGCACAGGGGGUUGGCGGACAGGGAAACCGCCAAGUCUUGGAGAAGCUACGAGAAGCUACGAAGAAGUGCGAGUGGGCCAAGACAGAAGUCCUGUACUUAGGCCACGUACUAGACGGAGAUGGCAUUAAGUUAGAGGACAACAAGAUAGCGACAAUUAGAGACUGGCCGACGCCCCGCACAUUGAUAGAAUUGCGGUCGUUCCUAGGCCUAGCCAACUAUUAUAGGAAGUUCGUGAGGAACUUCUCCACUAUCGCCGCUCCCCUGCGCAGGUUGCUCAAGAAAGAGGCAAUCUGGCAAUGGGACAAAGACUGUACGUCUGCGCUAAAGAGGUUGAAGCGCGCGUUAAUAGAGUAUCCUGUCCUCAAAGUAGCUGAUCCGUCCUUGCCAUUUGUCGUCACCACGGACGCAAGUCAUUAUGGAAUAGGCGCCGUGUGGCAACAGGAUGACGGUCAUGGCUGUAGACCUGUAGAGUUCAUGUCCGCGAGGAUGCCCUCAGAGAAGGUAGCCACCUCGACAUACGAGAGAGAACUCUACGCUCUCCGGCAGGCUCUAGACCAUUGGAAGCAUUACCCGCUUGGGAGGCACUUCAAAGUGUAUUCUGAUCAUGAGACCCUUAGAUGGUUAAAGACCCAGGCCAAGAUGACUUCUAAGUUAACUAGGUGGGCCGCAGAGAUAGACCAGUAUGACUUUGAGCUUAAGCCAGUGAAGGGCAAGUACAACGUAGUUGCGGACGCUCUGAGUAGGAGAUCAGACUACUUUGGAGCUUUAGUACACUAUCUGGAUAUAGGGAGAGACCUGCAGGAGAAAGUAAAGCAAGCGUAUGCGUAGGACCCUAUCUACAUCGACCUCCUAAAGAGAGUUAGAGAGGCCCUAGAGACUGAACCAGAUUACCGCACUACAGACGGGUUGCUGUUUGAGA